UUUCCAACAUCUUAUCAUUUGAUCCCACAAUGUCUCUGCCGCGGAUUGAACAUUCUGUGUGCCAAGGAGAGUCGAGCUGACCCAGCCAUUAAUUCUUUAUUUUGUGCUUUUCUAGGUCUCCAGAGAGAGCCCAAUCCCUGUCCUGUAAUAACUGUAAAGCACUUUAAAGAAUCAGCAAGCAUUAAGGGCCUUGCCCUGUGUCCAGACCCAUCCAGAGUACCUGGCACGAAAACCCUGAACAAUUCCGAAUCUGACUACUUGGCCAGAGAUGGCCCUUCAAGCAACAGCUCGUUCCAUAGCAGUGAAGAGGAAGGCACUGAUCUGGAGGGGGACAUCCUGGACUGUAGUGGUUCUCGCCCUCUUCUCAUGGAGUCUGAGGAAGAGGAGGAGAGCUGCAGGCCGCCUCCGCAGGGAAAGCUGGAAGGCGCCACCCCAUUCCCACAGCCGGAAGUGUCCUCUGAGCCAGCCAAGGCAGGCCAAGGUGAUGGGAAGAAUCAGUUCCCCGCCCUUACACCACCCCCCACGGAUGGUCCUGGUGAGCCUGAUGUUUUUGCCACCGCACCCUUCCGGAGCUCUAGGGUACCAGCUGAUGAUGUGGACAUUUUCUCCAAAGCCCCGUUUGUCACCAAGGGCAAUAUGGCUGCUCCCCAGCUGGAGGAGGUCGACGUUUUCUCGCGAGCACCUUUUACCAAGAAGAAAAGUGUGGAGGAGUUCGCCGUUGCCCAGGGCACUCCUCAGACGGAUGAUGUCCCGCUGCUGUCUGGCAUUGAACGGGCUGCCUAUGCCACAGCCCGACCUCAGUAUCCCAUGGCUGGCUUUGGCCAACCUCCUCCCUUCCCAUCCCAUUCUGUCCAGACAGCUGAUCAUCUUGACAGCAUCACUGGCCGGGGCCCCUCCCUGGAAUCCGGGGCCCAUCCAAAUGACAGAAACAAAGGACCUCAGCCCCAGAAAGAAGCUGCAUCAGGCCCUCUGAUGGGCAAACCAUUCCGCCCCCAGUCUUUAUCCAAAUACUCCCGUCACUAUAGCCCAGAAGAUGAGCCAAGUUCAGAAGCCCAACCCAUUGCUGCCUACAAAGUUGUCUCGCAAACCAACAAGCAGUCAAUAGCUGGCUCUGUUUCUAUCACACCCCUUUCCUCCAGGACUACGGAGCUGCCAGCUGCUGAUCCUUUUGCUCUAGCACCCUUUCCUUCCAAAUCAGGCAAGCAGAAACCUUAGGAGCAAUAUCUGAGCCUUAGUCCUCUGUCCCUACCCCACCCAGCUGAGCCUUCCUCAGAACAAAUAGAUCAGUGAUUAUUUUUAGUUCCCUGGGUGAGAGCAGAACUUCCUCCAUCGACAAACUCAGUGCUAUUUGGUUGAAACUCUUUUCAGUUACACUCAUUUUUUGUUGUUUAUAUUGGUUUCUAAACUUUUGGGCAUUUCCAUCUCCACCUCCAUCCAGAAACCUUUUUCCCCCCUUUCACACUGUUAAAGUUGAGAAAUACUUCAUCCCAAUCCCUAAGGGGCCAUUUUAAUUCCUGCAGUUGUUAAAUCAUGCCUAUUGAGGAAUCACGAUUGGCCCUCCCAGACUGUUUGAUACUCUUGAAAAGGGGAUGAUGUCUCUGGAACAGAGUGCCAGGUCGAAGUCCUGCGGAGGGGUGUCAUCCUGCAGCAAUGAAUCAUUCCUGUAAAACCAGCAGCUCUGGAGGAUUCUCCGGGUCCGUUUCUGAGUCUGUGUCGGCAAGACUGGUCCGCGUAUGUGAUGAAUGCCUGUGGGGUGCCAUAUGUUUCAAAUCUUUUCCUACAGAUAACUGCAGCAGUUAUUGAUAUGUGUUCAUGCCUAAUAGUGUUAAGCCUUCCUCAUGUCCAUGCUUUGAAAUUAGUAUGAGAGCACACGA